AUGCGGCGCCUGUCUCGCCGCCUGGUACUGCCGAUCUUCGGGGUGCUCUGGAUCACCGUCCUGCUGUUCUUCUGGGUAAAUAAGAAGAAGUUAGAGGUGUCAACGGGACCUGAAGUGCAGACCCCCAAGAUUCUGGAUGCUGACUGGGAUGACCCGUGGGACCAGUUUGAUGAGCGGCGGUAUCUGAAUGCCAAAAAGUGGCGUGUGGGUGACGAUCCCUAUAAGCUGUAUGCUUUCAACCAACGGGAGAGCGAGCGCAUCGCCAGCAAUCGGGCCAUCCCGGACACCCGCCAUCUGAGAUGCACCGUGCUCAUGUACUGCAGGGAUCUCCCUCCCACCAGCAUCAUCAUCACCUUCCACAACGAGGCCCGCUCCACCCUGCUCAGGACCAUCCGCAGCGUAUUAAACCGCACCCCUAUGAAACUGAUCCAGGAAAUCAUAUUAGUGGAUGACUUCAGCAAUGACCCUGGUGACUGCAAAGAGCUCAUCAAGUUGCCCAAGGUGAAAUGCUUACGCAAUAACCAGCGGCAAGGUCUGGUCCGGUCCCGGAUCCGGGGCGCCGACGUUGCCCAGGGCGCCACUCUGACUUUCCUUGACAGCCACUGUGAGGUGAACAGGGACUGGCUCCAGCCACUGCUGCACAGGGUCAAAGAGGACAACAGGCGGGUGGUGUGCCCUGUGAUCGAUAUCAUCAACCUGGACACCUUCAGCUACAUCGAGUCGGCCGCGGAGCUCCGAGGGGGGUUUGACUGGAGCCUCCACUUCCAAUGGGAGCAGCUCUCUCCAGAACAGAAGGCUCGGCGCCUGGACCCCGCUGAGCCCAUUAGGACUCCAAUCAUAGCUGGAGGGCUCUUCGUGAUGGACAAAUCCUGGUUCGACUACCUGGGGAAAUACGACACGGACAUGGACAUCUGGGGUGGGGAGAACUUUGAAAUCUCCUUCCGAGUGUGGAUGUGUGGGGGCAGCCUGGAAAUCGUCCCCUGCAGCCGAGUGGGCCACGUCUUCCGGAAGAAGCACCCAUACGUUUUCCCAGAUGGAAACGCCAACACAUACAUAAAGAACACCAAGCGGACAGCCGAAGUGUGGAUGGAUGAAUACAAGCAGUACUAUUAUGCCGCCCGGCCGUUCGCCCUGGAGAGGCCCUUUGGAAACAUCGAGAGCAGAUUGGACCUGAGGAGGAAUCUGCAGUGCCAGAGCUUCAAGUGGUACCUGGAGAAUGUCUAUCCAGAACUCAGGGUCCCGAAGGAUUCCUCUAUCCAGAAGGGCAGCAUCCGGCAGAGACAGAAGUGCCUGGAGUCUCAAAGGCAGAAAAAUCAAGAGAUCCCCAGCGUCAAGUUAAGCCCGUGUGUCAAAAACAAAGGCGAGGACGCAAAGUCCCAGAUCUGGGCCUUCACAUACACCCAGCAGAUCCUCCAGGAGGAGCUGUGCCUCUCAGUCACCACCUUUUUCCCUGGUGCCCCGGUGGUUCUGGUCCUCUGCCAGAAUGGAGAUGACAAACAGCAAUGGACCAAGACUGGCUCCCGCAUUGAGCACGUGGCAUCUCACCUCUGCUUAGACACAGACAUGUUUGGCGAUGGCACUGAGAACAGCAGGGAAAUCGUGGUCAACCCCUGUGAGUCCUCACUCAUGAGCCAGCACUGGGACAUGGUGAGCUCGUGA